CGCGCGGGACGCGGGCGGGCGCACGCUGGCCCACUACCGCGCCGCGCGCACUCUGCUCGCGCUGCCCACAGUGCCCCGCGACGCCGACAUGCCCGCCCGACCCAACGCCAACCCACCCGGGUUGGUAAUCAAGCGGCACAACAUUCGGAUAUGGUGCCACGAGUGUGAUAUGGGCCGCUUGCAGCGCGUGGUGUGGGAGGGGCAGGGAGCCAGGCUGCUCAGUGAAGUAUCCAGCCAGCCUGUUGUCAAGAAGUUCCUGGAAGCUGUGCCUUACAUUAUGAACACGAUACGUGACAUCCACAGUGCUGUUAUUCAAAACGACUUGGAAGGACUUUUGAAAUUAACCAGCGACCCGGUACCUCCUCAGGCUCUAUCCAGCAGGGAUGCCAACAACAUGACAGCAAUGCACAAAGCCGCCGGCUUAGGUCAUGGUGGUAUUUUGAAAUAUAUCAUAGAAAGAUACCCUCAAGGGAUCAGCGAUGUUGAUAACGAUGGACGAACACCUUUACACUAUGCUGCGGUCGUAAAGGACGACCAACAUACUUACAAUACUCUCAUUGGCGCAGGAGCUGACGAAAGCGCUGUUGAUAAUAAAAAUAAAACCCCAGCUUAUUAUAUCAAUAGGACUCAAGAUAUUGAUAAAAAUCUAUUCAAAAUAUUGCCUGAGGCGCCAAGAACUCCUUCGAGUACGUAUCCACCUUCAUGGGACUGGAAAAUAUUAGAUACCGAAUUCGUAGGAGAACUAAAUACUAAAAAGAUUAAAAAGAAAAAUUUAAAGGCUUCGAGUGAAAAUAUUUCCUCAAAAAAUAACACAAGUACAAUAACGGAUAGCGUAGAAAAUAAUAAGAUAGCAUCACUGAAAAAUAGUAGCACGCAUGAGUUGAUUAGAGAUUUACCAGAUUUAAAUGAUAGUGAAAAACAAAAUGUAAGCAAUAACGAACCUAGCGAAGAUCAUACGCAAAAUACUAAGGAAACCACUGAGCCUAACGAAGCAAAUAAAGAAGAAGAGGAGAUGAAAGAGAUUAAGGAAAAUACUGAAGAUGCUGAAAACGUGUCCACUGAUAACGGCGAUAUAGAAAACGUAUCACAUGAACCUGUCCCAGAAGAAACUUCAAAUGAGAACGUUGAGAAAGAAAAAGAGGGAAAUGAAAUUGAAACUGCUGUGCAAGAUCACGAAAUAUCACAAAAUGAAAACAAUGAGCACGACAGGGUAUCAAAAGAAAAUAUUCACACAAAUUCAAAAGAUAAAGCUCAGGAGGCAGCACUACAGAGUACUGAAACCGAGGAAACUAAGGAUAAAAAUGAUAUUCUAAAUAACGAACUUGCAGAAAAUACACAAGAAAAUAAAAAUGAAGAUAAUCAUGAAGAAAUUGAAAACGAUAUUGCAAUCGAAGAAGAAAAUGUUGCUAAAGAAGAAACUCCUCAUGGAAGUACACAUAAUAGUCCACUAAAAAUAUCAGAUGAAAAUAACUUUAAAGAGAGUGAUUCAACAGAGGAACAAGGGCAAAAUGGUAAACAUAACCAUGAUGAUAGUAAUAGUAAACAAAUGAAUGGUCACAAUGAUAAAGUUAAAUUCAAACAUUCAAACGAUCAUGAUAAAAGUAUAAACGGAGAUGAAAUAGCCAAUAUUACACAUACAAAACAAGAUGAUGAAGAUGCAUCUGAAGGAAACGUCAUCAACGGCAGAAAUAUUCCAGAAAAUCUAAUAGAAGGUAUUAUUAGCAGUGAAGCUGAACAAGAAACACAAGACGCUAGUAUAACUCAAAGAAACAACUCAGUUCACAGCAAUAAUGUUGUAGAUAAUGAAAUCGAUCCGGAAGUUACAGACUUGAUCAAUACAGCAAAUAUGGAAAUGUUAGCUACGCUAGUAUUAAAUGGAGAAGGGUCUAGAUUGAUCGGCAGACGAUCUGGCAAUGUUGAAUUACAAGCUUUUUUAGAUAAUGUACCAAAUUACAUGCAAAAAAUAAAUAGAGUUCACAUAGCAGCAAGGGAUGGUAACAUAAGAGAUUUGCAAGCAGCUUUAGACCGCAGAAAAUUCGCAAUAGCUCGAGACCCCAUUUCAGCCAAUGGCGCUACUCCUUUACAUGUAGCUACGAUACAUGGAAAAACGAAUAUAAUUAAAUAUUUAGGAGGAAGAUUUCCUGAAACGUUAUCUGCAGUAGACUUCGAAGGAAGAACAGCUUUACAUUUAGCGGCAGUAUUACCAGACAACGGGCAUUAUUACAACUUGUUACAACAAUUGGGGGCUAAUUCUAAAGAUUUAGAUGAUAUUGGACGCUCUGCUGAAGAUUAUUACAGAAACCCGUCUCUACUACCAUUCAGACAAUUAUUAUCAGAUUUUGGAAUAAGUGAAGACAAGGCCCAGGCAAUGUUCUCCGAUCAGGUGCCAGAAGAUCACGUAUCAUCCCGUCGUGUCUUGGAUAUACCCGAGGCAAUAGAUACUUUAGAGCAGUGCUACAGACUACUUGCGUCAGCCAGACCGACACGAACGCCGCUAUCUGCGUCAUCGAACAAAGCAGCACCAUCGCAUGUUUUAGGAAGAUUCCUUAAACGACAGACAUUUGAUUUGAUCAAAUUCAGAAUUACAAAACUUGACCAUGAUCUUUUCGAUGUCAUAUGGCCAGCUGUUAAAAAAAUACCAGAUAACAAGAACGUUGUACAGGUUGUAGAGGAAGAUUUCCCCGGUGGGGUUACAGCUCCAGAUUACUAUGUAUAUGAAGUGUUUGCAGAGUUUAUGACACCAUUAAUAAAAGAUCUUCACAAUAUUAAUAUUCAAUCAGACUUACCACAACACCCUAUUUCAGAUUUUGUAAAAAACACGCCAUCGUCCGAAUCAUCUGAACCAUUAGUCGAGUUAAAUAUUGAUACAAGCGAUGACUUUGUACUAUCAGGUACAAUGGAAUGUUCGAGGAAUUUAGAUGGAUUUGAACUGCCGCUAAACCUUAAGAUUGGAAAACUAGAAAAUAUCGAAAGAAUAAUAACAACAGUUUUGAUGAGAGAAGAGUUUUCGAGAAUUAUUGAACAAUUAAGUCCCGAAUCUGACCAAAAAGGAGGCUCCUAUUAUACACUUAAUGAAAUAUUGGAAAAACCAUCUGAAAUAGGCGCUGCUUUAGCUGCAUCGGGUGUAUUAAUUCCUCUAUGUGACAGAGAUGAAAUCGAUGAUUGCAAUCGUCUUCAUGGAAAGCAAUGGCCAUAUGGUCGUGGAGUAUUUGUGAGUGAUGAUAAAACUGUGGCGGUUUGGAUUAACGUUCACGAUCAUUUACGGGUCGUAAUAUCAACGCCGGCUGAUGCUCCAGGAGAAAUUGGUCUCACGUACAGCAAAUUAUCGUAUAUUAUGACGUAUCUACAUGAAAAACUUGAUUUUGUGUUUGAUGAUAGGCUCGGCCAUUUAUCGAGUAGACCAACAUUCUUAGGAGCUGGUAUACGUUUUAGUCUAAUCGUAAAUUUUCCGGGGCUGGCGAAGGAUUCAGAUAAUAUAAAACACUUGUGCGCUGUGAGGGGGUUGCAGUACAGAGAAACAUUAAGUACGGAUAUUGCUAGAAUAAGCAACUACCAGUGUUUAAGCGUAACCGAAUCGAACUGUUUCAACGACUUUGCUACAGCCACUUCAAAUCUUUUACACCUAGAAAAAGAUUUAACCAUGCAAAGUUCUGCUCACAUAACGACUAUGCUGAGCAAUAUAUUCCGAAGAAAAAGAAGCAGCUUAGCUGAUAUUCACGAUGUAGAUAAGAUAAAAAAUUAA